CGCUGAGACGAAACAACAGUCAGUGCCUAUCCAUUUAGAUCAGUCCUCUCCUAGCAGGCUGUUGGGUAUUCCCUAAUAGUGCCACCAGGAACGCGUGCUAACCGGAGCAACUUUCCUCGAUGACUAACAACACAAGAGAACGUGUGGUUACGGUCUCGAGUCCCACCCUGUUGGUGUGAUGAGGGUUUUCCUUGGGGCGAUUGUGGUGGUGCACACGACACGUACAGACUGACCGGUCGGUGUUGGGUUCUUCCCCGUCAGACGAGUUGAGGAACUCGCGGUGCGAGAGUUGGUGAGGGCACAGGGGUCUUUGUUAGACUAGCGGCCCUGCCCGAUACCGGCAGAGGAGGAGACAGUGUUUCCUUGGCGUGCGUUCAAGUUGGAGAGAACCCUUCUGGAUUACUACAUUUGUUGGCGAGGUGUGCCGCCGCGCGGGACCUGGGAAUUUGGCUCGGGAGAGAAGUGCAGCGGGGCCGGGACGGACCCUCCAAUUAAGGACGGCGCUAGGCCGCCACCACGACGGGAUAUGCCUUACACCACCUUCUGCCUUCGCCGCUGCGAUGCCUUACUAUAACAAUGUGGAGAACGAUACUUUUCUGGGUCCUGCUUAGCCUGGUGCCCGAACUGAGGGCCACAGGGAACGACAUCCUGGGCCUGAAGAUUCCGGAAGACCCUGUGCUGAACGCCAACACCGUGUGCCGAACCUUCCCCGGACUCAGUAAGAAGCAGCUCCAACUGUGUUACGAGUACCCCGACGUGACGGCGGCGGCCAUACAGGGCGUGCAGAUCGCCAUUCACGAGUGCCAGUGGCAGUUCAAGAACCACCGAUGGAACUGUUCCAACCUGGAGACCAAGAACAAGAACCCGCACCUCACUCAGAUCGCUAGCAAAGGUAUCCGGGAGACUGCCUUCACCUUUGCGUCGGUAUCCGCGGGAGUGGCUCACGCCGUGGCCAACGCCUGUAGCCUGGGUAAGCUGCACACGUGCGGCUGUGACAAUGACUACCCCACCAAGCCUCAGAUUCCUACCUACUCCCCCAGUUCAUUCCCGGGGGCCAUCCCCGGCGGCCCGAUCCCAGGCUACCCUCCGGGGUACACGCAGGGACAGACGGCGGUCCUGCACACGAACAGUGGCGGCGGCAAGUCGUACAACGAUUGGUCGUGGGGAGGUUGUAGCCACAACAUUGAAUACGGCAUCAAGUUUUCCAAGGAUUUCCUGGACUCUCGCGAGACUUCGGUGGACAUCUUCUCGAGAAUGAGACUUCAUAACAACAGAGCAGGCCGGCUGGCCGUGUCCACCAACAUGCAGAGGCGGUGCAAGUGCCACGGGAUGUCCGGCAGCUGCAACCUGAAGACCUGCUGGAAGGCCACGCCGGACUUCCGCGAGGUCGGCGUCAUCCUGAAGGAGAGAUUCGACUACGCCACGCAGAUCAAAGUCAGCAACGACAACUACGGGAGGCUAGAGACGAUCUACGCCAACCGCCCUCCCUUCGCCACAGACCUGGUCUACUUCGACAGGUCGCCGGACUUCUGUGAUAGGAACAGGGAGCUGGAGACUCCGGGGACGAGAGGACGCAUCUGCAACAAAACGAGCACGGGGCCAGACAGCUGUGCGGCCCUGUGCUGCGGACGGGGGUUUAACAUAUUCAGACAGACUAGAGUGGAGAGGUGCAACUGCAAAUUCCACUGGUGUUGCUACGUCAUCUGCGAGGAGUGCAGAAUCACAGAAUGGGUCAACUCUUGUAAAUAGUCCCUCAGAGUACAGGUACUUGGCACGGGCGACGGACUACAUCCGCGGAUGGAUACUUCUGUGCUAGUGGCAACGGUACCAGACAAGUUCACUGCAUUGCAAAACUCCGCAUGGCAAAAGCAAAUGUGCAAAACUGAGCAAAAUGUUAUCUGCCAUGGAGACACCAACUAGAAAAUGAGAUAUUUUCUUCUCAUCGUAGCAACAAAUCCAAGCCAACUGAAAUGCCUUUACAUGUAGCUCGCCCAAGAUAGAACGCUUGAUGCUAGACUCAUAGGAAAAUGACAGAUCCUGUAGCGUGUCACCAAGAAAAACACAGGCGACGAGCACGGCCAAAAAAGAAGAAGAAACCCUCAGAUGUGGUUGACGUCUGUGAGCGUGUGGUACACCUGUUGUAAAGUGUGUUUCUUACGCUAGCAUUAAACCCAAGACAUUACUACAUGAGGAAGUCCAUGCAGUUUGUAAAUCGUAAGGUUGCUAAUCUUACCACUCGGGUGAUGAAGAGGACGACCGAGGGGCUGUACAUUUUGCCGAGGAGGAAUGAUGGAACAGAACCAUUUCAUAUUAACGUUGUAUAUAUAGGGAAGUUUACGGUAAGAAGCUAUAAAGGUCGCACUAAUUGAACGAUUUUCUGGUGAGGGAAAGACGACAAGCCUUUUAACUAAAUGGCGCUUGCGUGUGGUGGUAUUUCAAUGGACAUUGUAUUCUUCAAUGGAACUAUUCAGUCAGCGAGCAUUUCAGUGUUGGAAAGCUUGGUGAAAUUUCAAACAUCUUCUGGACUAUGGACACUUUCGGCACAGUUGUAUCAAUGCAAUGAUACCUCGAUAAUUUGUAGCAAUAAUUGGUCGCAUCUAAAUUUAUGUAUUCCUCACCAAGUUCUUUCUAUACCACCACUAGGUCAUCAGGAAGUAUUGGUCACCCUUGACCUCUAGCAAGUCACCCUUGACCUUACUACCAUACUCUACAUCGUGCAUGCGUAUGUCAGCUUAUCGACAAGAAGCAGAUAAAGCGUCAUCACCACAGCUCAGUAAAGUUGAUACGUAAAUAUUCUACCAAUGCUGUACAACCCGUGGCUCUGACACUAUGUGAUCAGAAAAAUAAUAACUGCUACUACAAAAAAUGUCUUACACAACAAAUUCACCUAGCGAUAAAGUGACAAACUUCCUUAUGUCCAUAUGAUUGAUUACUUUAAAGUUUACACUUUUCUAUAAGGAAGAAAAGAUAGAAACUGGUUAAUGACGCUAUAAUUUAAUGAAAUAUGAAAGCGUUUGAAA